AUAGACUGUCGGUGCGUUUCGUGUCCCUGCCCUAAAAACGAGAAACCCCUGUUGCCAUGAUAGAAAACGUGGAAUAGGAGACUGUAGAGACACCGUUGCACCUGCUUAACAACUUCACCGGAUCAUGGGAAAAUUGAGAUCCCCACCAGCCCCAUGUCUAUAAUAUGGCGCUAUUAUAUGCCAACCCUGCCCUUUCUUUCCUGCAGAGGAGUGUGUAACCCCCCCACCCAACACCUACAUGCCUCUACCAUCACACAUAACAUUUUUUGCAUAACACCUAAACUGCAUCCAUGUUUUUAAACAGAAGAUAGAAACUUCAUACUGCAGGAGGUUUACUAUAUGCUACAUUUUCAGAAUUUACCCAAGCUAGGCGUUAUAAUGUAACAUGUAAGUAAGUCUGCUUCUUUAAAUAUCUGCGACUAUUUAACACGCCACUAUUUAGUUUUCAGACUAGCAGUUUUAACCUGACAGUGACGCCCAGUAUCUCAGCUCGCCCGGCGUGCCAGGGAUGCUCAUAACCCAUGCGCGCAAUUAGGAGCUACUGCGGCGCAGCAUCCGGAGUACCGACGAGCGCAACUCUUCUCCCCACAUCACCGCGCGCAUCCCGGAUGACUGAUGUAGAUGCGCAAUGAUCGAGUCACGGUUUGUCUUUUCAUUCACUGUCCGAAACGAAACUCACGGUUUAACACGGAUGCUGCAUCUUUUUAAUUAUUCAUGACUCUCGUGUUUGUUUUGGAUGGGGAUAAUCUCCAGAUCGGUGUAUUUUCAAUAAAAGAUAUGAAUGUGACGUGUUGCCGUUUUCUGAAGAAGAAGAGCCUCCGCUCCGUUACCGGUGAGCGGGAUCGGGCGUGUAUCGGACCCUGAGCAUCUUUUCUCGCCACGGGACUAUUGCGCGUGGCCCUCUCCUGUUGAUUGUACCGGUGUCCACAUAUGAUGUAAUUGAAAAGGAAUGAACUGGGCAUCUUUGUAAGGAUUGACGCUUGCUAAUUCCUUUGAGUCGUCUUUAGAUCAACUCAACACGUCGAAAAGCUCUUGGUAUGGCUGCAAAGCUCCCAGAGCUGGGGUCAGUUUCCAUACCCAUUGAGGAGAUCAAGCAUCCUGUUGGAACUGCUCAAGAUGCUGCCUUGCUGACUCACCUAAAGAAAGUGGAAAACCACAUCACAGAGGCGCAGAGGUUUACUCAUCUGCCUCGGCGUUCAGCGGUGGACCUGGAGUUUACUGAGCUCUCCUACACCAUCCGUGAAGGUCCCUGCUGGAGAAAGCGAGGAUAUAAGGCCCUUCUGAAAUGUCUCUCUGGAAAGUUCUGCAGUCGAGAGCUUAUUGGAAUCAUGGGACCCUCUGGGGCUGGCAAAUCCACUCUCAUGAAUAUUCUCGCUGGCUACAGAGAGACAGGCAUGAAAGGUCAAAUCCUGGUAAAUGGAAGACCCCGUGACCUCCGCACCUUUAGAAAAAUGUCAUGUUAUAUCAUGCAAGAUGACAUGCUACUGCCAAACCUCACAACACGAGAGGCAAUGAUGGUCUCAGUUAACCUCAAACUCAAUGAAAAUAUGGAGGUAAAAAAAGAACUGGUGAAUGAGAUCCUCACAGCAUUAGGACUGCAGGAGUGUGCCCAUACUCGUACUAUCUCUCUGUCUGGUGGCCAGUGUAAGCGGCUGGCUAUCGCUCUGGAGCUGGUCAAUAACCCCCCUGUCAUGUUCUUUGAUGAACCCACCAGUGGUCUAGACAGUGCAUCCUGUUUCCAGGUGGUGUCCUUAAUGAAAUCUCUAGCUCAGGGAGGAAGAACUAUCAUUUGUACCAUCCACCAGCCCAGUGCUAAACUCUUUGAGAUGUUUGACAAGCUUUAUAUACUGAGUCAAGGUCAGUGCAUAUAUAAAGGGACGGUACCUUACCUAAUCCCCUACCUGAAAAAUCUCGGACUCCACUGCCCAACGUAUCACAAUCCUGCAGACUUUAUAAUUGAGGUCGCCUCAGGAGAGUAUGGGGAUCUGAACCAUGUGCUCUUCGAGGCCGUUCAGGGAGGCUUGUGCUCAGAUGAGAGCAAGAAAAACUCCAUCGACAAGAAUGACCCCACAUCUCCCUCCCAAUGUUAUAAUGAUUCAGGCACUAUUGAGAAACACACAUUUGCUACCAGUACCUUCACACAGUUCUGUAUUCUCUUUAAGAGAACCUUCAUCACUAUAUGCAGAGACACGGUAUUAACCCAUCUGAGGGUGAUGUCGCACUUGUUUAUUGGUGUGCUGAUUGGUCUGCUGUACCUGAACAUUGGAAAUGAUGCCAGCAAAGUGUUUAACAACACCGGCUUCCUCUUUUUCUCUAUGCUGUUCCUCAUGUUUGCUGCACUUAUGCCCACAGUCCUCACAUUUCCACUGGAGAUGUCUGUGUUUUUAAGGGAGCAUCUUAACUACUGGUACAGUCUAAAGGCAUAUUACCUGGCAAAGACUAUGGCGGACAUUCCAUUUCAGAUAAUAUGUCCAAUAAUGUACUGCAGUAUAGUGUACUGGAUGACCGAACAGCCUCCAGAAGCGGGCAGAUAUCUUCUCUUCAUGGCCCUGUCCACCUCCACUGCUCUGGUGGCUCAAUCUCUAGGACUUCUGAUUGGAGCUGCAUCCACCUCAUUGCAGGUCGCCACAUUCAUAGGUCCGGUCUCUGCCAUCCCGGUCCUUCUGUUCUCAGGCUUCUUUGUCAACUUUGACACCAUUCCUAAAUAUCUGCAGUGGAGCUCCUAUUUGUCAUACGUCAGGUAUGGCUUUGAGGGAGUGAUCCUUUCUAUCUAUGGCAUGAAUCGCUCAGAGCUGGAGUGUCCAGGCAUAGUGUGUAAGUUCCAGAAGCCAGAGGAGGUACUGCAGCUCCUCGAUGUGGAGGAUGCAAAGCUCUAUGUGGACUUCAUUGUGUUGGGGAUCUUCUUCGUAAUUUUGAGACUUGCCACCUACCUAGUCCUGCGUUAUAAAGUCAAAUCAGAGCGUUAAGGGUAGAGCUUAAUGUUACACAUACAUCUUAUUUUACAUAGACAUAAAAUGCAGACACACACACUCACACACACACAUAGACUCAUAACGCACAUAACAAUUCUUCAAAGAAUGCAGAAACCAAUGCACAUUGAUAUCGGGGCCAUAGUUUGGCAGUGCAACAAUUAUGCUCAGUUUUUGUUACUUGAAAAUGUUUUAAAUUCUCAGAUGAGUAUAAA